UGGAUCCCGUGACAUCCCCUUAACACAAAGGACCUACAGCUGAUAAAGACCCCCGUGUUUGUGUGUGUGUGUGCGCAUGCCAGGGGCCUGAGGGCAUAUGUUUGUACUAGUUAACAGUAGAGACCUGGAAGAGAGCCCUGCAGUAGCUAGGACACACAUCGACCGCCAGCUCCCAGACCAGAGUUCAGAGUUCAUUCAAGCUGACUGCCGGGCUGGCUGAGGUCAUUUUUGUGGUUCUAUGUGUGGUCCCUCUUGACCUGUUAGGACAACACAGACGGUGGAUUAAGACGUUUUUUUCACCGGUGGCGCAGUUCGGUCUUCUGAGCGGGAAGUCACCAGUUGGAUCCCAGGUUAGGUAGGGGUCAGGCUAGGGCGACGUUCGGGUCAGGGUUUGGGUAAGGACACCAGGCAAGCCGUCAUGAUGGAGAAGUUCCAGGCAGGCAUGGUUUUGGGGGCUACGGGGGACGCCCUGGGCUGGAGGAAGGGCCGUUGGGGGGGCUGCACCUCCGGGAGACAGAUCCAGGAGGAGUUGGCGUCCCUGGGAGGUCUAGGGGACCUCACCCUGGACCCCGAACUCUGGCCUCCGGGGGACAGUGCCCUGAUGCAUAUGACCACCGCACAGGCCCUCAUCACAGACUACUGGUGCCUGGAAGACCUGUACCGGGAGCUGGUGCGUGUUUAUGUGGCAGCCUCAGGGGUCCUGCGGGGCCGGACCCCGGACCCCUCUAAAGUGGACUGCUGCUCACACCUCAAGCCAAACAACUUCCUUCUGGCCUGGCACACCCCCUUCAACGAGAAAGGGUCAGGGUCCGGUGGGGCCUCCAAAGCCAUGUGUGUUGGGAUGAGGUACUGGCAGGAGGAACGUCUGGGCUCUCUGAUGGAGGUCAGCCUGGAGACCGGGAGGAUGACCCACAACCACCCCACAGGCUUCCUAGGCUCAAUGACUACGGCCCUGUUUGCGUCAUUCGCUGUCCAGGGGCGACCCCCCGUGACCUGGGGACGGGAGCUCAUGAAGGCCAUACCCAAGGCCUACGAGUACUGCAAGAGAACCAUACGACACAUGGCAGAGUACCAGGAGAACUGGUUCUACUUUGAAGCUAAGUGGCAGUUUUACCUGGAGGAGAGGGGGAUAGAACAGGAGGGACAGGACAAACCCUUGUUUCCUGACCCCUAUGAUGCUGACCAAACCGACAAGAUGUAUAGACUGUGGAGCUCUGAAGGCCGUGCAGGAAGGAGGGGUCACGACGCGCCUAUGAUAGCCUAUGAUGCACUGCUGGCAGCAGGGAGCAACUGGACCGAACUCUGCAGACGAGCCAUGUUCCACGGAGGGGAGAGUGAUGUGACGGGCCUGAUAGCAGGCUGUCUCUACGGCCUCAUGUAUGGGCUUUCCCAGGUUCCUGCAGGCCUCGUCAAGGAUCUGGACAAGCGGCAGCAGCUGGAAGACAUCGGAGCCGCGCUGUUCAAAGCCGCGUCCGCGGAAAAGUGCUCAGACAAGCCUCAGUCCAAGGACCGAAGUACAAGCAUCAAUACAAAUUUGCUGAAGAAGAUGAUCAGAGAACGCACCUGCUAUCCUGAGGUUCGAGGUGUCUUGGAGAGUCUCCUCCACUAUCUAACGCAGGAGGUCCGCACUCUGGCAAGGAGAGAGGUUGACAUAAACCAAGGUUUAAUGCCAACAAGUGCAGCAAACAGGAAAGGGACAGUCAAGAUGUCUGAAUCUGUGGUGAACCACACUCCUGCUGAGACGCUGGUUGAAUCAAAAAAGCACAGCCAAGGUGAGAGUGACACCACCUGGGCUCAAAGUCCCAAACGGCAGGUCUUCAUGGGUCCAGCUGAUGUGAGAGCAGGCGGCCGGAGGGCAGGGGAACCAAAACAGCGGCGACUCACCGCAUUCCAGCUCCUCCAGGCCAAAUUCAUGAGAACCACAUCCAAACAAGUAGCCAGCCACCAACGGCAGGUUGGGGCUCUACAUUGUGAUCUGAGAGGAAGGGGAGCUUGCGGGACCCCAGAAAGACAAACUGCUGUUUUUGGUUCCGAGACAAACCAGCCAAAACAAAAACAAUGCAAGAAGAAAGGGAGCAAUGUGAAGGACAUGGUGGCAAGGUUUGCCAGGGCUGAGGAGAAGGAAAAGGGUGUGAACAUACAGGGGAAGUUGCCAAUUAAGGCAAGACUGAUCCAUAGGGGACCCCUCCUGUCGUCCCUGAUGGAGAGGCUAGAAACCGUAUCAAUCAUGCAGAGGAAGGGGGACUUGAUAUCUCCUCUGGAUACAUCUCCUAGAGGUGUAGGGAGGGGGACUGGUUGCGUAAGAGACAAUGUGAGUCGUCUUGAAAAAGCACAACAACCCAACUGUGAAGAACGAGGAGGAGGACUGAAACAUUGGCCAACUGCUGGGGAAAAAUUCCAAUACCUUCUACCCAAGGCACACAAGCAGGAAGAGAAAACAGAGGGGCCGGGAGCGAUGUUAACACAACAGAACUCUGCACAGAGAGAACCAAAGCAUUCCAAACCUACGCAACCCAAAAACGUUUGCCCCGAUCAAAAAGUCAAAAGUCAUUUCUCCAAAGGAAGUGAAACUGGAAAGCUGUCGAACUCAAAACCAGAAGAUAAGACGGAUCUAGAGAUCAAUCAAAAUGGAGUUGAGGAACUGUGCAGUAAGGCUGGUGACAUUGAACAAGGUAGUCUGACACCAAACUGUUUGUUGUCCUCUGUUAUUGAGGGUGCCCUCCUAGAGACUCUGGAGCUUGCUCCUCAAGAGCAGGCCUUGCUGGAAUGCUACAGUGUCGUUCCUCUCUCUAUUCCUCCUGUGUUUAGCUUGGCACGCUCAAAGCCCUCUCCUCAACCGUACUCUGGCAGAACUGAGCCUGCAGCUGCCUAUUUCUCACUCAAACCACACCCGGAGGCCUUCACCUCCCUGACCAAAGAAUGUUACUCUGGUGUGCCCCUGCGGUCUUCUCACAGCGGGGAAACCCCACAGGAGCCGACUGAAGAUGAAGACGAGAAGCUGAGGUGUUGUACCUCAAACGACAGGUCAUUAAACCUGAGAAUUCCAAUGCAGGCUGAACAAAGGUUGCAGAAGUACCUCAUUCCACGAGCCAUUGAUCUAGAAGGGGAACCAGGUGCUAAAGCUACAGAUAGCUCCUCACUUAAGCCAGCAUCAUUCCCUGUUGAGAUAUGUCCUGUGGUUGAUGAUUCAACCACUUGUUUUGGGUCUGGUCUCACAUCUGGACUUGGAUUACCAGAGCAUCUACAUCUUAGUCUUCAUUCACAAGGGGCUAUGAUCUCACAGCUCACCAGGAGCGAGAGGGAGGUAGACAGUCAACUGGAGAAAGAGCAGCAAAAAUAUUUGGAGGGAGGGAUAGAGAGAGACCUUGAGGAAGGGGAGAGAGAAAAAGAGAUUGAACUGGAGAGAGUGGCGAGAGACAUAAAGAUUAAAAUGGAAAGAGUGGAUAGUGAACUCGAUAUAAGGGCGAGGGAUAUAGCGAAUGACCUGGAGAGAGUGGAGAGAGGCCAAGAGAAUCAAUCGGAGAGAGGGGAGGGAGAGAUGGGGAGUGAACUGGAGAGAACGGAGAGAGAUAUAGUCAACAAACUGAAGAAAGGGGAGAGAGAUCUAGAGUAUCAAUUGGAGAGAGCGAUGGGGGGUGAACUGGAGAGAACGGAGAGAUCCAUAGAUAACGAACUGGAGAGAGGGGAUAUAGGCCUUGAGAAUCAAUCUGAGAGAAGAGAAAAAGAGAUGGAGAGUGAACUGAGGAGAAAGAUCGAGAGUCAAAUUCAAAGAGGGGAGAGAGACAUAAAGAAUACAUUGAAGAGGGGGGAGAGUGAGAUGGGGAGUGAACUGGAGAGGGCAAAGAGAGAAAUAGACAAUAAACUUGAGAGGGAGAAAAAGAGUGGACUGGAAAGAGGGGAGAGAGUCUCAGACAAUGAACUGGAGAGAGAAAAGAUGGAAAAGGGAGUUCGAGAGAAACUGAUGCGAGAAAUGACCAGCAAAUCAGACUGGAGCUGUUUAGAACUUCCCAUUUCCUGUACAUUAGGACUCACCAAUCACAGCAAUGCUGGGACAGGACUUGCCAAUCACGGCCAUGCUGGGCAGGUACUAGCCAAUCACAGCCAUGCUGGACCAGGACCAGCUAAUCACAGCCAUGCUGGACCAGAGAGCGCACAUUAUAUCCAGAAGUACAGGACCAUCAACUACGCAGAUCCUUCGGCCCAGCUCAUAUUCAUACCCAAGGUCAUCCGCUUCACAGAUACCUUCACCUUCUAGACACAAACAAUGUAUAUUCUUAUAUAUGAAUUUAGAUUAUAUAUUUUGGCCUUUUUUUCUAUAUUUCUAUUUAUAUCCUGAAUAAAUGAGAACCCCAAGAGGAAUCCCUUGUUCAUUAUACUUUGACAAAUACAUUUAUGAUUCUGCCUUCCAGUGUCAAAUAAAACCUACAUAAUAGUCAAAUACCUGUCCAGUAAAGGCCUCGGGGCAUGCCGGACAUAGUCGGUAAAUGCCUUUGACUCCACGUGUUCUUAAAGAUACUUUAUGUAAACAUUGCUUGAAUAGGUGACGUGCAGUAUCCAAUAGCAAACCUUCAAAUGACCUUGCAGGUAAGAACAUCAAACAGGUGUUGAGCUGUUUGUAUAGUGACUUCACAUUCUUCACCUUCCAUUAUCACAAGGUUCAUGUAGAAAAAAGUCUUUACUGGGAAUAGAUAAAUAAAUAUAAAUGUGUAUAAAAACAUGGUUUUAGUUAUCGUAUUGCUGCCACGGGCAAGGGUGGAAAAGUAAAUAACAGCAGAGUUUUGACAACAAAGCACUCAGACCUUUAAGUCCAAAUAACUGCAUACGAACUUAAAAGUUUAUUUAGCCAACUGUGGUUUGCGUUUGUACCGCGGCGCGGUCUCAUCAUCUGCAAAGA